AAGCGGGGUCGAUAAAACGUCGCUCUCAAAAACAAACACCCGGCAGCAUCCAGUGUUCCUGGAUUUACUAGAGUCGUCGGUACUCUAUAUCUAUAAAUAAAACAAUCGUUCGUUAUAUACAUAUGUUUUUCAAAUCGACGAAUGCUAUUAUAUAUUUUGUAUUGAGCACUCGUUUCGGGGGAGACGCCGACGCCCGGCGCCGACGUCGUUUUUAAAGCGUCGACGGUGUCAGAGUAAUCUCACCAAUCCUAGGGGUCAUAAGUAAAAAAGAUCGUUACAAUAAUCAACCCUCUCAGACGCUGCAAGUUCCGUCAUAUAUAAACAUGAACUGCUGAAAAAUUCGUAGAUUAAACAAGGGAGCAUUAUCAUAUUUUUUAAAAAUAAAGAAAAAAAUGUGAAAGCAUUUUUCAAUUUGUUAUACACACAAAUAUUUUCCCUAAACGGAAAAAUUAUUUAUUUUUUUUUAUUUUUUUUUUCUUAUUUUGAAAUGGGCACGGCUGGCCGCGAUUUUGAACGAGAUAGAGAACGAGAACAGUGUAGAAUUUGUGCUAACAAUCUAUCGAAAGAUGACGGGGUGUAUAUUUUUUCGGAGGAAAGCAGGCGGCAUUAUCUCCAGGCAAAAAUACGGAAAUAUUUAUAUGUGUUGGUAUCGACCGAUGACAAACUCCCAAAGAUGGUAUGUUCAACAUGCACCAAAAGAUUGGAUGGUAUUCACCGAUUUACAACGAUGGCGCACCGAACUCAGGAAAAACUUAGAUUACAGCUAUCAGAAAUUAAUGAUAAUGAAAAGUCGACGGAUGACGUGGAUGAUGAGAAAAUCCUAGACAUCCAAGAAGAUACCAGAGGAAUGGAAGAUAGAGGAUUGCUUCAUUCAAUUCUAACUAAAGGUGCUAUAGAAAUUUUAGCCGAGGGGGAACCGUUGGAAUCUGCUUCUUUAUUAUCCCAUGAAGACAGCCAGAACACGCAAAGUAUGGAAGAGAUGGAAGUUAAAGUGGAUCCAAUGUUGUUCCUGCAAUGUGCUUUGGAACAACCAACAUCUGAUAUGUCUGAUACGUCGGACAACGAAGAAAAAAUAUCCAGAAAUUCAUCACCAGAACCAAUUUCUCUCACACACAAAAAUGUUGAGAUCAAACAAGAGCCGUCUUAUGAUACCAAACAAUUUGAAUCCAUGGAAAGCGACGACGACGUAAAUAAUCCGAAUAUAAAACCCCAUGAGUGCACGAUAUGUGCUAGAUCGUUCAUAUCUCAAAUUGGAUUACAAAAUCACUUGUGGUCGCACUUACCCAGAGACCGAAGAUUCGAUGGCAAACCUAUACUGAGGUCGCAACAAGUGUACUCUACAAACGGAGUGCUACAUACGAAUACAGACAAUUCCACUGGAAAUUUUAUCUGCCCCAUUUGUAGUAAAAAAAUUUCAACAAAGGGAAACCUAAAAGUACAUUUGGAAACACAUCGGCCUAAAGGAAAAUACGGAUGCGAUAUAUGUGGAAGAAUUUUCAAAACACAGUCUAAUUUGUUCCGUCAUAAGGAGUAUCAUGGUGGUAUUCAAUUUCCUUGUAACGUUUGUGGCAGAGUAUACCCCACAAACUCAACGUUGCGUGCUCACAGUAUUACUCAUUCAGAUUUGAGACCACACGCCUGUCCGUUAUGUGACAAAACGUUCAAGAGGAAUCAAGAUUUGAAAUUCCAUAUAAAUCAACAUACCGGCGCAAGGCCCUAUCAGUGCCCAUAUUGUCCAAAGGCUUUUGCAAGUUCUGGAAAUUGUUUCUCUCAUCGGAAGAGAAUGCAUCCACGGGAAGUACAUCGAGAUCGGCAGAGGGCUGCAGAUUUGAUGAGAUGAACCGCUGGCAGUCACUAUGAAAAAUGGGUUGAAUAAGUAGUUAACAAUGAUCGCACCAGAUUCAUCAGCGUCGUAUCAAGCUGAAGUAUACAUUCCGUAGGUGAUCAUGACUAUUUUACUUUGAACAGUAUAUGGUGCUAAGUAUCGUACCAUUUGAGUUUUUCAUUUGGCUACUUUAUUUCCUCAUUCAAUUUACUCAAAUGUUAAAUCAGGGAUAGGUUAUAUGAUACUUGUUGAUUUUGAAUUGACGGUAAGAGCAGCCUUGCAUGAUAUUUUAUAUAGACCAUGUAAUUUUAAAGAAACUGAGAGAAAAUGUGGAAGUGUGUCUAGGCAUGACGAUAUUCAUUUAUAAUCCUAGUCUGAUGAGAGAAGUCAAACAUCAGUGAAUUAUGAAUUUUUAAUAUUAGGUGAGAAUCAGAUAUCAUUAUUAUAGACUACGCGGAAUGGCAUAGGAAUACAUCAUAGUCUGAACACCUAAUUUUAUCGUUGUUUAUUAUAAUAUUUGAAAACUAGAGGACUAUGGACAUGCUUAAAAUGAUGAAUAUAAGUGAGAAGCUCAGUUGCAUAAAAUGCAAGUAAUAAAUUGGUCUGUCAUGAGAUUGAUGAAUAAUACUUUGACACUGUUAUAGGUAACAUUCUAGUCAUGUUUUAAACACAACUUAGAUACUUAGCGAUAAGUAAUACAUUAUUUUGUCUAUGUGUAGGUUUAAACCAACUUGGAUAGUUCAAGUUAUGUAGAAAAAAUAAGAAAAGUGAUUUUAUACACGUACACAAAAUGCAAUACGAAAUUGCCGAAAGACAGUUUUCAGAUUGUGACAGUUAAAUACAAAGUAUAUUAAUGAUGUCUUAUUCAAUGUUGAGACUGUAUACGAAAUUUUUGUGUCAAAUUAGUUUAAAUUUGAGAACAUAUAGCUAGUUACCAUAACUCACUUUGAUUCAAUGUCACCAUAAAUAAGUUGAGUCACGUAUAAAUAUACAUAAUAUUUAGUAUUACUAUAUAAGGCAGAAAUUAAAGGGCCUAGUUGGAGUCAUAAACGCAACUCAUACCAUUAUUCUUAUAAGAAAAGAUUGUAAUAAUACAUGUUAAAUGAAGUCUGAAUAGAAUUAGGCAAAACCUUUUUGAAUAGAAAUUUGUGUACUGUAGAGAAUAUACACAUAGUAUGUGCUUCCGUGCAAUUUACCAUCUCUAAAUAACAGAUAAACAAAUUGAUUAUUCGCGAUCAAUUAUAAUCAAUGAAACUGGUGCAUAAUAUUAAAUUGUUCCCUGAGUAGUGCCAUAAUAGAUUAGCAAUUAUAAUGCUAGUGACUUAUUCUAAUAUAGUUUAUACAAUAACGUGUAUUCUGUGAUUCUCUUUUUGAUAAAAAUUAUUAUUCUCCUCAGAGUAGAUAAGCAGUCUAAUGAUCAAACAAAGUCGAAAAAGUUAACUACACUCAUUUGAUGAAAUAAGAAAGGGAUGGUUCUUUUUAGAAGCAUUAAUUUCAAUUAUUUCGUGAAACAAACUAUAAAAUAUCAAUAAAUUUACGGGCACCUGAAGAAAA